AUGGAAAUUUUAAAAAUAAACUUUUUAAUUAAAUUCGCAAAAUUAAUGAAUUCAUCUUUUGUGUCAAUCCCCAGACGAAAGGUCGAAAUAAUACGAAGCAGAAGUGUAAUCAACAUCAAUAAAUGCAACUGAAAUCCGAACCCAAACACGCUUUCUGUGCUAUACCAGCACUGGCAAAAAUUGCCAACCACUUCAAAGCUAGAGUACACUAAUUUAAAAAAAAUAUUUACUGAAGAAAGGCUUAAAAUUCGGGAGGCCAUCAGAAAUCAUGACAAGCUGAAUAAAACACUUCCAAGCCUUCCAAAAAAAAACAAUAAAAAAAAUUUGAAAAGCUCAUCUCAAAUCCUCGAUUUAAUGGAAAAAUUAAGAAAAUCAAAAGAACUCAAAGAAAAAGAGAAACAAAAAAAAUUAACUACUCCAUUUUUGCAUUUCGCAAAAGCACUAGGGGAAUCUUGUACACAAAAUGUGCUAUUUAGCAGCAGCAGAACUAAUAAAUUUGGGAUACUUCUUAACUUCCCCCUUUGUGAGUGAGAAAAUAUUUUUUACUCAUUUCACGGAAUUUAUUGAUAAAAAAUUUUAAAAAUAUUAUUAUUAAAUCUUUUAAAGAGGUAAAUAAGCACUUCACUUGUUUUUUAAUCAAUUAGAAAUAUAAAAGCGUAAUUUUUAAAAAAAUUAAUAUAAUAAGUUAAUGAUACUUUAUUGUUAUUGUUCUCUUUAUAUUAUUAUAAAAAAGAAUUAUAUCAAAAAUUCUUUUUGCUUUUGUCCAACACAUGCAAUGAUUUUGCUCGCGCUCUUAAGGGUAAGAAAACUAUUAUAGAGCGCUCUAUUAUCCCUGAUGAGCCUUUUAAAGAAAUUAUUGAUGCAGAGAUUGACAUGUUUUCACAUAUACCUAUAAAAGACGAAUUAACUUUAUUAACCCGCAUUGGCGAACUGUUUAUAUCUGAUUUAAAUUCCGCUUCAAAUGUAACCUUAUUGAAAAGACAUGAAAUAAAAUCUAUUUUAAGCAUCGGAACAAAUAAUCAGCCAAUAAGGUACCCAUUUAUAGAAAGUUACCAUACUGUAAAUAUUGUUGAUAAUGACUCAGCUGUGGAAAAUUUUAAUGAGUCUAUCCAUGCAUUUUUUAAAAUAAUUGAUGAAUGCUUGACAAAAGGUAACUUGCUUGUCCAUUGCUAUUAUGGUAUCAGCAGAUCAUGUGCAGUUGCAGCUGUAUAUUUGAUGAAAAAAUUCCAAAUCUCUUUGGCAAAAGCAAUUACUGUUGUCCAUUUGGGAAGGAAAAGCUUAAAAAUUUCUCCUUUAUUAGAAAAAAAGCUGCUGGAUUUUGAGAAAUGGCAAUCGCAUAGAAAAGUGAAACAAAGCUUGCAAUACAACUUAUAA